AUGAACUCCACAGCCAGCCACUGCCACUCAGAGCAACUCCCACAGCUCCCACAGCUCCCUCGUCGUGGUCUUCUUCCAAAGUCAACCAAGCUGAACCCAUUUCUUAAUGCAUACAAGCAGCACACCCAGCCACCACGUAGAAAGGGUUUCGAUAUCGUAUCCAACAAUCAGCCACAGCAAUUUUCACUCAAUCUAACUCAGCAGGAGCUCGCACGGAAAUGCUAA